AUCAAACAUCAAAAGUUUUGUUGAAAAAUUGCAUGAGUAUGAAAUAUGUUAAAAAGUUUUUAGUAAAUUGAUUUAUUAUAAAUUGAUUAACCAAUGGGGGUAAAGUUAGCGAAUUUCAUAUACUUUUCUAUCUCUCUAGUUUGGAGCUCUAUCAUUUUUAUAACUUUAAUGCCAGAUGUUAAAAACUUUGCGUAUACGAAGUGUGUUUGGAAGUAUAACUUUGAUAUUUGCGACAGGUUUUUGGGUAUAGAAGGAGGCUACAGGUUUACGUUUUCAAUUGUCUUAUUUUAUCUUAUUCUAUCAGUUGUUACUAUAAACAGCAACUCAAGUUUAGCACUAUGGAUUCACGCAGAAUGUUGGGUAUUAAAAGUUAUACUGCUACUUGCAACCAAUGUUGUUGGAAUAUUGAUUCCGUUUUCGCGUUCGCUUUUAGGAAUACUUUAUUGGAUAUUUUUAUUUGCAGCAAUAACAUUUAUCGCCGUUAUAUUUGUAUUACUUGUUGAUGCUUCACACGCAUUUCGCAUGCAUUGGAUCAAAAAGGCGCGGUUAAAUGCGGAUUCUCCAACUUGCUACAUGUGUACUUGGCUAUUUGUUCUUCAUCUGGCAACUUCUUUGUUGUAUGCAAUUUCCAUCGAUAUAGUUAUAGCGUUUUUUUUUUUCAACAAUACAAAAAACUGUGUGAACACCUUUUUGUUUUUGUCCAUAAAUGUGUGCAUAUGUAUUGUAGCUUUUGGAAUAUCAUAUUAUCCCAGUCUACGCAGCCGGCAGUCUUCGUCUCAAAUUAUAUUUGCUUCAAUAAUGUUUGUUGUUGUUUACAGCACAUGGUUGGCUUUAUCUGAUCCCGAAAAUGAAGUCUGCAAUAUGUACGGAACAAUUUUUACGGGAUCCUUGUUAGAUAGCUCUGUGAGUUUUCGGUCAAUUGUUUCUUUAAUAAUUGCUAUCCCACCUUUAAUUUUUUUAUGUAUGAAAGAUAGUUCUACUAAAUCAUAUAUUAAAAGUUUAUUGCUCUCAGCUAAUGCAUUAGAAACAACUUGGUAUGAAUUUCCAUUAUUUCAUUUAGUCAUGUUAACUCACAGUUGUUUUGUUUUAAUGUCAAUCACUAACUAUUAUGAACCUGUUUUUUCAGUGUUCAAGCCAAUUAAAUACUCUGUAAAUCAUUUUAAAACGUCAGUAAUUUACUUCGAAGGCUAUAAUUGGACUCGUUUCAUAAUGUUAUCCACAUUGAGUACACUGAUGCCUAUUCUAUAUAUUAUUACGCUACUUGUAAGUAUAAUGAGAGAUUGCUGCAACGAUCGCAAAGUUAAAGAUUCUAAAGAUGAAAUUAAAGUGGUAAAAUCUGUUAUGAAUAAUAUCACAGACGAAUUUCUUUACUUAGAAGUGCCCAAGUGGAAAGCGUUAGAAAUGCUACGGAAAAAUAUCGGAGCCCCAAAAAUAACAACUCAGACAUAUAAUAAACUUGACUUUAUGUUAUUACAAUGCUUUAGAAUUAAAUCUGAAAAUAUAUCUUUUUGGCAUUUCCCGAAAAACCUUUCUCAAACAUAUUUUAGUGGACGUAAUGGAAGCAAUGCCUGUACUAUAAUAGCAUUAAUAUUUGGUCGAUUUUUUUCGCGAUCUGAUAUACCGUUUCAAAAUACAGGGUACUUAGAUGCAGCCUGGUUAAACUUGUUUCAUUCUUGCAUUGAAGAAGGACUUUCGCUGUAUGACUCACUUGUAAAAGACAUGGGUGUAUUAGAUCUAUGCAUUGAAGAGGUUAGAGAUCGGUAUGGAGUAAGACUAAAUAUAAGUGAUGUUUCAUCUUCUUUACCUGUUUCUUUUGAAUCAGAAGUUGAAACAGUGACAAUUUUGUACCAACUUCAAAGACUUAUUAGCUUCCAUAUGAAGCAAGUAGUUUUAUUAAUUCACAAAGGACGUACAUCAGCGUUUCUUAUUUAUAGUGAUGGUCGUAUUGUUUAUGCUGACUCACACGCCUUUGGUUUAGAAGGUGCUGUGCUGAUAUCAUGUUUAGAACCAGAUUUAAAAAAUAUGGUAGUAUUCUUGAAAGAUAUUUUAGGUUCAAACGAUAACAGAUUAGCAACACUGACUCCAGUUUUUUAUCAAGAUAGAUUUAUUAAAGGAUAUUAUUCGCCAUUCUUUGAAACAUCACAGUAAUAAAUAUUAAAUUAAU